AUGAGCCAGGAAUCAGUUUUCAAUGUCUCAAUUGAUUAUGAAUCAAUUGAUCAAUUAGUUAUGGACUUAGCUUUAGAGUGCGAAAUUGAUGAUGAAAUUUGCAUGGAAGUUGGCGACAGCUAUGCAAGACAAGUUUUAGAAGCUGAGUUAGAUCAACAACUUAACGAUGAUAUUAAUUUUGAUGAAUGUAUCGAAAUGCAAAGUUGUUUAGGACAUUCAUUAGAAGUAAGAGAAGAAACUAUGUAUGAUGCUCAGUUGCCAGUUGAAAUGGAAAUUGAUCUAACUCAACCUUGCCUUGUAACAAUGCCUCAAACAUCUGAUGGAAUCAUACAGCAAGUUGCUAGUGAACAACCCAUUCGUACAUCACAAGUAGGUUUUGGAACACCGUCUUCAAAUAAUGAAAAUAGUCAUGAUCAAUCUAGCGAGAGAAUUCAAGACAUUCAAAUAGAUUUUGAGGUUACAGAAGAAGGACCUUGGAGGUCUAACCCCACCUUUCACUCUAAAACCAAACUAUUGAGAGCCAAACUUGUGUAUGAUGAAAAUAGGAUGAUUGAUUUAAUACAAGUUUCUUCAGCUAUAGAUACAGCAUAUGAACGUUUUGUAGAAAAACUCAUUUCGGACGCAUCCUCAAAUGAUAUGAUCUACAUUACUUUUAGAAAUACAAGUGAAAAUCGCGAACUUUACGUUGCAUUUCUUAAAAGGAAUUUCAAUAAAGAGACAUUUUUAGAUAGAGCGUAUGCAUUAGCACAAUCAGCAGGCAGUUUCUUAGAUAGUAAUAUAUUUGAAAUCAAAGUACAAAUUGUAGAGUGCCUUUCAGGAGGAGCCAACAGAAUAUCACGACUGCAACCAGGGUCACUUCGAUCGCAUCUCAAAAAAAGUGUUCAUGAAAUCAUUAAUGACGAUAAUCAAUGUGGGUAUAUUGCCAUAGCUAUAGGUAAAUUCCUUGCAGAUCUACAGAUCGGUGAUCCUAAUCUCCCCACAAAUUGGAAAAAUUUGCGAAGACAUGAGCGUAUUCAGAGAAAACUAGCUGCUGACUUAUUUAUGUCCCUAGACAUGGUAUGCGAGACAGCAGUUGAUAUGAACAUUCUGGCGGAUAUACAAGAAAAACUUGAAAAUUAUCAAAUAAUUGUCAUCGAUCAAAGAACACAACUUAAAAUUUUUGGUGGACCUGAACAAGAACGCCAAAUUUUCUUGGAAUUCACACAGGCAAAUCACUACAACGUAAUUACUAAGAUUGCUGGAUACAUGGAUUGUAAUCAUUUUUGUACACGCUGUUGGGUCAAAGGAAAUAAAGCAAAUCACUUCUGUCGCGAUAGCUGUUCAAAGUGCUCUAGCGCUUCCCCAUGCCGAACUGCAGCGCCAGUUCUGUGUGACAUCUGUCACAUAGAAUUCAAUUCCCAAGCAUGUUUCGAUACACACAUUCAAAAAUCUAUGUGUAUCAGAAAGAUGAAAUGUGAGACAUGCUGGAUAGUGUACAAUGCCGGUCAACCUCAUAUCUGCGAUACAUACAAGUGUACGCUAUGCAAUUGUGAUUAUACUCAUUCCCCCCACUAUUGCCACAUCAAAGUUUUGGACCCAGAAGAGCUACGUAAAGAUGAUCAAAAACCAUCAUUUUUAAUUUGUUAUGACAUUGAAUCCAUGCAGGUUCCUUUAUCAAACUCAGAGUUUGAGCACCAACCCAACCUACUGAUAAGUCACACUAUUUGCAAUGAAUGUGCUGACUACAAUUCUUUCACUAAAAAUUCUUCUAGUUGCGAUAGCUGUGGUGAGUUGGAACAUAUUUUUCAGGGUAGUGAAUGUGUGAAAAAGUUCUGUGAUUACCUAUAUAACUACAUUGCUCCGAUAGCUCACAAAAAGAAAGCAAGAGUCACUAUUGUAGCUCAUAACCAGAGGGGCUAUGACGGGCAUUUCAUCAUUCAAGAUUUCUAUAAGCGAGAUUUCCAAGCAGCACCAAAUCUAAUAAUGACAGGUUCUAAGAUAUUGUUUGCCUCAAUUGCAAAUUUACGAUUCAUAGAUUCUCUCAGUCUUUUCAUGCAGCCCCUGAGUUCUCUAUGUAAAUCCUUUAACAUCACUGAACUCAAAAAAGGAUUUUUCCCCCAUCGUUUCAACACUCCAGAAAAUCAGAAAUACGUAGGACCAAUGCCUCAAAUUGAAUUUUACGACCCCACAAGCAUGAAACCUAAGCAAUAUACAGAGUUCUUACAAUGGUACCAACAGCAAGCAGGUGUUGAAUUUGAUUUCAAUAAGGAGAUUAUAGAGUACUGUAGAUCUGAUGUCCAGAUUCUACAAACAUCUAUGCUCAAAUUCACGACCCUCUUCAAAUCGGUCACCGGAUUGAACCCAAUAACUAGAGGCUUCACUUUGGCAUCCAUAGCAAUGGAGACAUUUAGAGCUAACAUGUUAAAACCUGAAUCUCUAGGUAUAACUCCAACUAUUGGGUAUGGAGAUCGCAAACAUUCUGUAGUUGGUACUGCAUGGCUUGAUUCUCAAGAAAAGAUGAUCGGUAAGAAGAUACUUAGAGAGCAUAGGAUAGGUAACUUCUAUGCGGAUGGAUACAUUCCUGAAACAAAGCAAGUGUUUGAGUUCUGGGGCUGCUACUUCCAUGGUUGUCCUCUUUGUUACCAAGAUAGAACGCACAUCAUUCGGAUGGGGGAUCAGGAUAUUAGCGUAUCUGUUUUAUUCGAUCGUGUGCAAACUAAACGAAUUUACUAUGCCCAUAGAGGGAUGACAUUACAUGAGAUAUGGGAACAUGAACUUGAUAAAUGUGACCCAUACAUCAAAUCAAGAAUUUCUAGCUAUGAAAUUAUCAAAAAAGUUGGUCCCAUCAGUAUCAGAGAAAGUUUUUUCGGAGGUCGUACUAAUAACAUCAAAUUCCAUCACAAAUGUACAGGAAAUGAACGCAUAAGGUACCUAGACUUCACUUCUCUAUACCCCUACGUGUUGAAAAAGUACCAAUAUCCAAUGGAUCAUCCUGAGCUUAUUCAAGAAAACUUUGUUGAAAUAGAUAGCUAUUUCGGUUUCAUAAAAUGUAAAGUUUUACCUCCACGAAAUAUGAAUAUAGCUAUUUUACCUAUGCGAAUAGGGAAAAAGCUCUUGUUUCCACUUUGCAGGACAUGUGCAAUUGAGAUGUCACAUUCUGUAUGUAAUCAUACCGAGGAUGAUAGAUAUCUUACAAAUACAUGGACAUCAAUUGAGCUCCAAGAAGCUGUCAAGAAUGGGUAUAGAAUAGUGAAAAUUUACCAAAUAUUACAUUAUCCAAAACCUGAUGAGUCAGAUUCUCAAUUUGCUUCAUAUAUUCGAAUGUGGUUAAAAAUUAAACAAGAGGCCAGCGGUUGGCCUUCAUGGUGUCAAACCGAAGAUGAUAAAGCCAAGUACGUUUUCGACUAUAAAUCUGCUGAAGAUGUUGAUCUUGAUCCAUCUAAAAUUGAAAAAAAUCCUGGCAAGCGUAGUAUUGCGAAACUCAUGUUGAACAGCUUUUGGGGUAAGCUCGCCCAGAACCAAAAUAUGCCCAAAACAGAUGUGCUGCGUAGUUAUGCUGAUCUCUGGGGAGUUUUAAAUAAUCCUGAAUUUGAAACUCUAGGUCUGUUUGAAGCAAACCAGGAUACAAUUAUUGUUCAACAUAAAUUCAAUGAGGAAUCCAUUGAGAAAGUUAACCCGGGUAAGACGAAUAUAGCAGUUGCAAGUUUUGUUACCGCCUAUGCACGAUUAGAAUUAUUUAGAUUGUUACAACUAAUUGAAAAUCAUAGAGAAGGAAGAGUCCUUUACUUCGAUACAGACAGUGUGGUGUUCAUUGAAAGAGAUGGAGAUCCUGAAAUAAAGUGUGGUGACUAUCUCGGAGAGUUAACUGAUGAGAUUGAGCCAGGAUGGAUCUGCACUCAAUUUGUCACGUUGGGACCCAAAAACUAUGGAUAUGAAAGUACUGGCCCUAAUGGUGAAGUAAAAGCUACAAUAAAAGUGAAAGGGAUUAAACUCACUGCUGCAGCUCUCGACAUCAUUACCAUCGAACGCUUAGUUAGCAUGAUAAGUAACUACAUUGAAGGACAACAAGAUGAAGUUCUCAUUCAACAGUCAAACAUAACAUCAAACAAGUUUACACAUGUUGUUCGUACUCGUUGUUUUGAGAAAAUAUAUCGAGCUGUUUCAGAGAAGAGAAGGAUAGAUGGAAACAAUACCCGACCAUAUGGUUACAAAUCUGAAGAAUUUUCGUUAAUUUGA